AUGGCUGUCCAACUGCCAAAUUACCUUGUUGUGGGAGCCAUGAUCCUGGCGGCAUGGGUUCUAGGAACUUGGAUUUACAAUACCUUCAUGCACCCUUUGCGCGGAAUCCCGGGUCCGUUCUUGGCCAGAAUGAGCCACCUCUGGCUAUUCGCGCAAGAGCGGAAAGCCACACCACACAAACACAUUCUAGAACUACAUAAGAAAUAUGGCCCGAUUAUGAGGAUAUCACCAAAUGAGAUCUCGUUCACCGACAUCGAAGCAUCGGAUGUUAUCUACGCGCAGACCUCACGGUUCGAAAAGUCGAAGUACUACUAUCAGGCUUUCGAAACUCCGGCAAAAAACCUGUUCAGCAUGCAAGACCGUCGCGAGCAUUCCCAGGACAAGAAAUUAAUCUCCCACUCUAUGUCACGCGCUAAUAUCAUUCUCCACGAGUCAUCACUGUACGACAAGGCGAACUUCGUCAUGGACCGAGUCGCCAAACGCGCAAUGAGCGGCCAGACAGUCCCCCUAUUUCCUCUGUUCCGUUGCAUGACCCUGGAUAUGAUCUCAGACUUCGCAUUUGGCAAAUCCACGGGCGCCUCAAAAAUAGAGAACUUCGAGUCAUCCACAUUUGACGCCAUUGACAAAGCCAAUAGUACCGUUCCGCUAUUUCAACAUUUUCCAGUAAUACACCAGAUCAUUCAAUGGGCGACUUACUACGGUAUCAGUCGCCUUCCCCAUGGGAUUCGCAAAUUGACCCAAGCAGCGGAGGCCGGAUUCAAUGAUAUGGAAUCGGCCGGGUCCUGGACGAUGUUCAAGAAUAUGAUUUCCGCGGCCGAGAAGUCAACUAGGCUCACAAAGGAACACUUAAUAGCGGAGGGGAUGCUGAUGAUCGUUGCUGGAACAGAUACCACGGCCACAAGCCUGUCUGUUACCCUGCACAAUCUUCUCCAGCAGCCGGAAAUCUAUAAGAAACUGCAGGAUGAGGCCCGUACUGUUUUGCCAACCUUAGACUCGCGGCCGCCGUUUCAGGAGCUUGAUGCCUUGCCUCUUCUUGACGCGUGCAUCAAGGAAGGUCUGCGCAUAUCUAGCCCCGUGCAGAGCCGACUGCCGAGGACGGUGGAAGUGAGUACCUCUCCCCUGUAUUUUCACUACAACGAGGACGUAUUUCCGUCUCCAACGAUAUAUACGCCCACUCGAUGGCUAGUGGAAGGUCAACAGAAGAGUAAGAUGUUGUCUUAUUUCCACCCGUUCUCACGCGGCACUCGCCAGUGCAUAGGACGAAACCUCUCACUCAUUGAACAGAAAAUCGUUCUUGCCAUGUUCGUGAGGCGGUUCGACCCCAGAGAGGUCCUGAAUAGAACGGUCAACCUUGCAGAAGCCGUUACUGCAGUGCCCGAAGGUCCGAUGGAAGUUCGCGUACAACUUGCAGCUUGA